CUUACCUUUCCCAAGGACUAGAAAAGAAGAACUCCCUCACAGGUUUGCCCUUUCUUAAUUCCCGCCACUUUGGCUUUGUCCUUCCCUCUCGUACUCGGCUCUCUGCAACUUCACUCGGCGACUGUGUGUUUUUCACUCUCAUCUGAAAGAACAAUGUUGUGGGUCGAUAAGUACCGUCCUAAAACCCUUGACAGAGUGAUCGUCCAUGAAGAAGUUGCCCAGAAUCUCAAAAAGCUGGCUGCUGAGCAAGAUUGCCCGCAUUUACUCUUUCAUGGGCCAUCCGGGUCUGGGAAAAAAACCCUAAUCAUGGCUCUUCUUCGUGAGAUGUUUGGACCUAGCGCUGAUAAGGUGAAGGUAGAAAAUCAGACUUGGAAGGUUGAUGCUGGCACUCGGAAUAUUGAUGUUGAGCUGACAACACUUGCAAGCUCUCACCAUGUGGAAAUGAAUCCCGCUGAUGCUGGAUUUCAGGACAGAUACGUUGUUCAAGAAGUAAUUAAAGAAAUGGCAAAGAAUAGGCCCAUUGAUACCAAAGGAAAGAAAGGUUUUAAAGUAUUGGUGCUUAAUGAGGUGGAUAAACUCUCCCGGGAAGCUCAGCACUCUCUGCGAAGAACGAUGGAGAAGUAUAGUGCAUCUUGUCAUCUUAUUCUGUGCUGCAAUAGUUCUUCAAAAGUCACUGAAGCUGUACGCUCUCGCUGUCUCAAUGUGCGAAUAAGUGCACCAACUGAUAAUGAGAUUGUCAAGGUAUUGGAAUUCAUUGGAAAGAAAGAAGGUUUGAACCUCCCUGCUGGAUUUGCUCUCCGCUUAGCUGAAAAGUCAAACAGGAGUUUGAGGAGAGCAAUAUUAUUAUUUGAGACUUGCCGUGUCCAACAGUAUCCUUUUUCGAGUAACCAAGCAAUACCCGCAAUGGAUUGGGAAGAGUAUGUGAUGGAAAUAGCUUCAGACAUAAUGAAAGAGCAAAGCCCCAAAAGAUUGUUCCAGGUUCGUGGGAAGCUGUAUGAGCUUCUCACCAAUUGCAUCCCAGCCGAGAUAAUAUUAAAGAGGCUCCUUUAUGAGCUAUUAAAGAAAUUGGACUCUGAGCUAAAACAUGAAGUAUCUUAUUGGGCUGCAUACUAUGAGCAUAGGAUGCGCCUUGGGCAGAAGUCUAUAUUUCAUCUUGAAGCCUUUGUAGCGAAGUUCAUGAGCAUCUACAAGGGGUUUCUCAUUGCAACGUUUGGCUAGUUAUCAUGUCCUCUAACAAAUUUUGUUGAAAUGGUUUGAUGCUGAAGCGCUAUGAAAGAUCGAUGUGAAUGUAGGCAGUGUGUGGCUUGACUUUACCUUGUGUACAAAGCAUCUUUUUAUCUAUUGUCAUCUUCUUGUUAAAAUUGCUAAAUAAUGAUCAGAAUUUGCAAGUUCGCUGUUAUGAAGUUCAGUAGGGAGUGUCUUUCUCAGUUCCUACGAAGUUUUGGUGUGCGUGUGUGUGUGUGUGUGUGACCCUAAAAUUGUUGAUGGAUACCAAAAUGACCUAUGAUGGAGUUGUAAGGCGGUGUUUGCACGGGAGAAUAGAUUUGGUGAACCCGAAAAAAUAAGAAAAGAGUAAAUUUUACAGUGUGGAAAGGAAAAACUCAAAUGAAAAUUUGAUUAUAAUACUCCCUCCAGUCUAUAAUUAUUGUCCAGUUUGGGUUUUCAUUUUUAGUUCAAAUUGUACUAAAAAUGAAAUCUCAACAAUAAUUUUGGGACCGAAGGAGUAUGUUUUACGAGGAGCUAGGGGUUUAAGAUACUUGAGUGGCAAUUUCACCUUUAUUAAAAGGACAACCAACCCCUAAAUUGCC